AUGGAAAAAGUGUCUGCUCCUGCUUCGGAUGAAGGUCAUUUCUAUUAUCUCGCUCAUCACCCUGUAGUUAAACUCAGUUGUGCUACUACUAAAAUUCGAGUAGUAUUUGAUGCUUCGGCUAAAGAUUCCAAAGGACAGUCCUUGAAUGAUAGUCUUUUAACGGGAGAGAAAUUACAAAAGGAUAUAUUCUCAAUAUUGUUAAAGUUUCGCAUUGAUAAAAUCGUAUUCACUGCAGUUAUUAAACAAAUGUAUCGGCAGAUUUGGAUAGAACCAAAGCAUACGGAUUAUCAACGUAUUUUGUGGCGGUUCUCUCCGUUCGAAGACGUUCAAGACUACCGUUUGAAAACUGUCACCUUUGGAGUUAGCUCAUCUCCAUUUCUAGCUCUUCGCACCAUUCAACAGCUUAUUGCAGAGGGAAAAGCUUCAUUUCCACUAGCUGCAAAAGUCCUAGAAACUGACAUUUUCGUAGACGAUGUUGUAACAGGCUGUUCAUCGGUCGAGUCUGCAUUACAAUUACAGCAAGACCUUGUGGCAUUAUGCAGUUCUGGAGGAUUUGAACUUAGAAAAUGGUCCAGUAUAGGGUGGGAUGAAAAACCGCCCGAUCGCAUUUUGGAAAUUUGGGAAAAUUAUAAAUCCCAACUGCAUCUAAUUUCGUCUCUUAAUGUUCCUCGUCGCAUCACUUGUGAUGAUGUCAUAUACUACGAACUUCACGGGUUCUGUGACGCAUCAGAAAAAGGUUAUGCGGCUGUUGCUUACCUUCGUGCUCUUUCUCAUAAUUCUCAAUAUUGGGUCUCUUUAGUAAGCGGAAAAUCAAAAGUUUCGCCCUUAAAACGAAUCUCUCUUCCUCGACUGGAGUUAUGCGCUGCAGUCUUAUUGUCUGAUCUUAUUGCAGAAAUCUCAAAAACGCUGGAAAACAAUCUUAAGUUUUGUAAGCUUUAUGCGUGGUCAGAUUCUAUGGUAACUAUUUCUUGGAUUAAAUCUUCACCUCAUCGUUGGAAAACAUUCGUUGCCAAUCGAGUAAGCCAUAUUCAAGAUAUUCUUCCACCUGCUUGUUGGAAUUAUGUGGAAUCCAAUAAGAACCCUGCUGAUUGUGCUUCGCGAGGUUUGUUACCAGAGGAUCUAGUAAAUCACUCCCUAUGGUGGGCGGGACCACCAUGGCUUAAAGAGCCACAAAACUGUUGGCCUUCUUUUAAUCACUCUGUAGAGCCUAGUUCUUUGUCCAUAAAGGAGGAAGAAAAGGUUCUCUUUGAAAAUAGCCGUUUCUAUAGAUUUUCGAUAGUUUCUAUAUUUUUUUUCGAUAGUUUAUUGUCCAAAUACUCAUCUCUUAGGACUAUACAACGCGUUCUUGUUUAUAUUUCUCGAUUUGUUCACAAUCUUCGACAUCCCAAGGAUAAACUUUGUGGAUAUAUCACUACUAACGAGUUACAUUCUUCUCUCAUGUUGCUUAUUAGAAAUGUUCAAGCUCAAUCAUUUGAUCACGAAAUAUAUUGUAUUCAAAGUGGUAAGACAUUGUCUAAAUCUAUGCGUAAGCUCUCCCUCUUUCUCGAUAGCUCGGGUGUUCUCAGGGUGGGCGGUCGUUUAGGUAAUUCAGGUUUCAACUUUUCUCAAAAACAUCCCGUCUUGCUACCUCGUCAACAUCGGUUGACCGAAUUGAUUAUAGAACAGUACCAUAAGCAAUAUUUGCAUGUUGGAUUGCAAACGUUGCAAUUUCUAUUGUCUCAAAAUUUUUGGAUUUUGUCAGCUAGAAGGGCUAUUUACAAAGUCAUUUCUAAAUGCAUUAAGUGUUUUCGUAAUAGUCCUAAAAUUUCUCAACCUCCAAUGGGUCAGCUACCAUCUGUUCGAGUAAAUCAAGCUAAGCCUUUUCAAGUAGUUGGUGUGGAUUACGCGGGACCUCUUUUUAUAACUUUAGGAAAACAUCGGGGUGUAAAAUCUCAGACGGCGUAUAUUUGUCUCUUUGUUUGUUUUACCACAAAAGCAUUAUACGUUGAAUUGGUUAGCGACCUCACCACUCAUGCUUUUCUUGCCGCGUUACGUAGAUUUAUUGCUCGACGUGGUAGGUGUAACCAGAUAUUCUCUGAUCGUGGCACUAAUUUUGUAGGCGCCAAGAGUGAAAUUCUCAAAUGUACGGAAGAUGCAUGUGUUGAGGAAAAUUUGACUUGGACAUUCAAUCCCCCUUCUUCGCCUCAUUUUGGAGGAUUAUGGGAAGCAGGGGUAAAAUCCUUUAAAACUCAUCUUUUCAGAGUCAUUGGGGAUCAACGAUUAACGUACGAAGACCUUUAUACGGUUUUAGUUCAAAUUGAAGCUUUGUUGAAUUCAAGACCAUUAUGCCCCUUAAGCUCUGAUCCCAACGACUUAUCUGCCCUAACUCCAGGGCAUUUUUUGACUUUCUAG